CUCUGCGGCAGCACGCUCGCACGCUGAGUGGGCGGAGCCAUCAGGAGGCUUUAUAUAGUCUGCCCCACGGCCUGGCCGGCCUCUAUCGGCGGCGGCGUGUGACGAGAAAUGUCUCACAGGAAGUUCUCUGCUCCCAGGCAUGGGUCCUUGGGCUUCUUGCCGCGGAAGCGCAGCAGCAGGCAUCGUGGGAAAGUGAAGAGCUUCCCCAAGGAUGACCCUUCCAAGCCUGUUCACCUCACAGCCUUUCUAGGCUACAAGGCUGGCAUGACCCACAUUGUCCGGGAGGUUGACAGACCAGGAUCCAAGGUAAACAAGAAAGAAGUCGUGGAGGCUGUAACCAUUGUGGAAACACCACCUAUGGUAGUUGUGGGCAUCGUGGGAUAUGUCGAAACCCCACGAGGUCUCCGCACCUUCAAGACAGUAUUUGCUGAGCACAUCAGUGAUGAGUGUAAAAGGCGGUUCUACAAGAACUGGCAAAAAUCUAAGAAGAAGGCACACUUGAUGGAGAUCCAGCUAAAUGGGGGCACUGUGGCUGAGAAGCUGGACUGGGCCCGAGAGAGGCUGGAGCAGCAGGUUCCUGUGAACCAGGUGUUUGGUCAGGAUGAGAUGAUUGAUGUCAUUGGAGUGACAAAAGGCAAAGGCUACAAAGGGGUGACGAGUCGUUGGCAUACAAAGAAACUGCCCCGCAAGACCCAUCGAGGGUUGCGCAAGGUUGCCUGUAUUGGUGCUUGGCACCCUGCCCGAGUGGCCUUCUCUGUGGCUCGGGCUGGGCAGAAAGGCUACCAUCAUCGGACAGAAAUCAACAAGAAGAUUUACAAGAUUGGUCAGGGCUACCUUAUCAAGGAUGGCAAGCUGAUCAAGAACAAUGCAUCUACCGACUAUGACCUUUCUGACAAGAGCAUCAACCCACUGGGUGGCUUUGUCCAUUAUGGUGAGGUAACCAAUGACUUCAUCAUGCUCAAAGGCUGUGUGGUGGGAACCAAGAAGCGAGUGCUCACACUCCGCAAGUCCUUGCUGGUGCAGACCAAACGGCGGGCUCUGGAGAAGAUUGACCUGAAAUUCAUUGACACCACCUCCAAGUUUGGCCACGGUCGUUUCCAGACCAUGGAGGAGAAGAAAGCAUUCAUGGGACCACUCAAGAAAGACCGCAUUGCCAAGGAAGAAGGUGCUUAAUGCCAGAAUUUGCUUGACUGGUGUGGUUGGUCUCAAUAAAAACUUUUUCAGUGAAA